AUGAAGGAUGCGAAAGCAUUGGGUAUCAUCCAAAAUGCCGUUUCUGAUAAGAUUUUUCCACAGAUUGCACAUGCAGAUUCUGCGAAGAUGGCUUGGGAAUUGCUAUAUGCUGAAUAUCAUGGUGGAGAGCAUGUCAGAUCGGUAAAACUUCAAAACCUCAUAUGUGAAUUUGAGUAUACUAGGAUGCGUGAUAAUGAAUCCUUAUCUGACUAUCUUACUAGACUGAAUGAAUUGAUUAACCAAAUGAAAACAUUUGGUGAAGUUCUGUCAAAUGAGAGGCAAGUUCAGAAGGUUUUAAUUAGUCUUAGUAAGAAGUAUGAUCCUAUAUGCCUUGUGAUUGAAAACACAAAGACACUAGAAACUGUGGAGUUUCAGGAAGUGAUUGCCAUUUUGAAGAGUCAAGAGCAAAGGCUUGAAAUGCAUAGUGUUGAUACAGUUGAGAAGGCAUUUGCCUCUUUCACUGUGAAUUCCAAAGGACAAAAUAAAAAUGCUUCUAAGUCUGGUUCAUCUAAUUUUAAAGCCCUAGGCCUAGACAGUUUCCUUGCUAAAUUCUACCAUGAUUUCUGGAAUCUUUGUCAAGGUACCUUUGUUGAGUUAAUUGCUGGUUGUUUUAGCUCUGCUAGCAUUCCUGAUGCUUUAAAUGACACAUUGAUUACCCUUGUUCCUAAAGUGGCUAGUCCUAGCUCUGUUGCUCAGUUAAGGCCUAUUAGCCUACGUAAUACAAUGUACAAGGUGGUGUCUAAGAUCAUUAUUCAGAAGCUCAGGCCUCUCAUGCAGAAGGUUGUCAGUCCUGCUCAAGCUAGCUUCAUCCCCGGUAGGCAGAUUGUUGACAACAUUAUUGUUGGUCAAGAGUGCAUUAAGUCUGUCAAAUACCAAGCCAUUCUCAAUGGUGAGCUUACUGAAAGAUUCUCUCCUAGUGCUGGGAUCAGACAAGGUGACCACUUCUCCCCUACAUCUUUGUUCUGUGCAUGGAAAAACUUUCCCAUAUUAUCAAUGAUCAUGUUUCCUCUGGAACUUGGAACCUCUAUCCACCAAGCUAAGCUUAUGAAGCAUUGUUUGGAUUUAUUUUGUGGUGCCUCGGGUCAGCAAGUUAAUUUUGAUAAAUCCAGAAUUUGCUGUUCUCCUAAUACUGAUUCUGGGAUUGCUUCUACUAUUGCUAAUAUUUGUGGGUCUCCCCUUACUGAUUGUCUUGGAAAUUAUCUUGGUGUUCCCUUGAUCCAGUCUAGAAUUACCAAGGAUACUUACUCUGGGAUUGUUGACAAAGUACAGCGUAGAUUGGCUUCCUGGAAUAGUCACACUUUAUCUAUGGCAGGGCUUAAAUGGAGAGUUGGUAAUGGUGAUAAUAUCUUGUUUUGGAAAGAUAAUUGGGCAGGUUGUGGGCCUCUUGAGAACUUCGCCACUAUUUCCCUUUCUGAUGAUUUGCUUGAGUGGACUGUGAGUGACUUCCUCACGGAGCAAGGGUUGAAUCAUACUGAGGUGGACUCUUGUAUAUGGCAGCUUACCUCCAAUGGUGAAUUUUCAGUGAAAACGACUUAUCUCCCUUUGUUUACUGAGGAGACUAAUCAUACUUGGAAUUGGGAUACUAUUUGGAAGCUGCAUGUUCCUCCAAAGAUAAAAACCUUUGUUUUGCCGUUGUUUCAAGGUAAGCUUCUAACCAAUGUCCAACGUGUAAGAAGGAACUUAGCUUCCAAUCCUAAUUGCCCUUGUUGCAACGUUUCCAUGGAGUCCUUGGACCAUCUUUUCGCAGGUGUAGUCAUGCGGCUAGAAUGUGGAAUUCCAUUGUUUCAGUUGCAUGCAAGGGAUCCCUUGGUCCUCUCUGUUCUUGGCCUCCCUGUGGUUUUGUUGGAAAUGGCGAUGAAUUCUAAGACUUCCAAACAAACUCUUAAGUUACAUUGGUCUCCUCCUUGUGCUAGCUGUUUUAAAAUUAAUGUGGAUGGCAGUUGUAUGGGUGAGAUAGGAUCUAUUAGUGCUGGAGGCAUCAUAAGGGACUCUACUAGUGGAUGGAUCAAGGGUUUUGUUACAAAUUUGGGGUUUGGUAAAAUCCUUGAAGCUGAAUUAUGGGGUGUUUUCAGAGGUUUACUCUUUAUGUGGAACGAAGGUAUCCGAAGAAUUAAAGUGGAGUGUGACUCUUUUACUGCUGUCUCCUUAAUUGAUGGAGAGACUAGGCCUAGUCACCCUCUCUCUAGCCUCAUCCAUAGUUGCAAAGACAUGCUCUUGCAUGACUGGGAGUGUUCCAUAUCUCAUAUUUAUAGACAAAACAUUGAUGCUGACCAUAUAGCUCAUAUGGGUCAAAGUUCCAAUUUGGGUUAUCAUGUUGUUGAUCUUCCCCCUCCUUCUAUUGUAAGCCUUUUGGCAAAUGACUCUAUUAGGAUGACCACUGCUAGGCUUGUCCCAGUGUAG